AUGGCUACCGUUCCGCCCCAAGCCAGACCUGAACCAGGUCAGUGGAAGAAGAACCUGUCGCAUCAUCUCGUCUGUCCGGAGUGCAAGGAGGUUCCACCCAAUCUGGAAUUUCCUGGAUCGCACGAAACCGUAUGCGGGUCUUGUGGCUUAGUGCUCGCCGAUCGAGAAAUCGACAUGCACUCCGAAUGGCGUACUUUCUCCAACGAUGACCAGAAUAACGACGAUCCAUCUCGUGUUGGAGAUGCCUCGAACCCACUUCUAAAUGGUGACCAGCUGGAGACUCAAAUUGCUAGUGGGGGUUCGGGCCGUGCUCGCGAUCUGUAUCGUGCUCAGAACAAGCAGUCGAGUGAAAAAGCUAAUAAAUCUCUCCUUGCUGCUUACAAAGAGAUCGGAGCUUUGUGCGAUGGCUUCAGCAUUCAGAAGAACGUGGCCGAUACAGCCAAGUACCUUUUCAAGAUAGUCGAUGACGCGAAGGCCUUCAAAGGCAAGUCCCAAGAUGUGAUCAUUGCGGGAUGUAUUUUUAUUGCUUGCCGUCAAUGUAAGGUACCUCGUACCUUCACCGAGAUUUUCGCCGUCACGAAAGUGUCGAGGAAGGAAAUCGGGCGUAUCUACAAGGCUUUGGAGAAGUUUUUCACAGCACAAAACCUUGAAAGGAACAAUGCUGUUGUGUCAAAUGGUGGCGUUGUAGAUCCCAACGACACCUACACUGCCACAACAUCCACCAAGCCCAGCGAUUUAUGCAAUCGUUUCUGCAAUCUACUGGAUUUGCCGUUUCAAGUUACCAGUGUAUCUUCGGCACUAUCUGAUCGGGUUACAACCAUGGGAGACCUGGCUGGGCGAUCCCCUCUGUCCAUUGUUGCGGCUUGUAUCUACAUGGCCUCGUAUUUAAUGGGCCAUGGCAAAACCGCCAAAGAAAUCAGCCAGGUUGCGCAUGUCAGUGACGGAACUAUCCGAGGUGCCUACAAGCAGCUCUACGCUGAAAGAGAGCGUCUGAUUGAUCCAGAAUGGAUCAAAGACGGAAAGGGCGAUUUGAAGAAUCUGCCAGCCAGUUGA